AAUUUCGUCAAUAUUGCCGGGCACAGAUUACGUUCUUAUCAAGAGUGAUAUUCAGUGCACGGGGCAUCAGCGGAGGUGUUUACGCCCUUGCGCCACGACUACUGCCACGAUGGCCGAGGAGGUUGACACAAACAGAAAAGCGGCGAUGGAAGAUAUACCGCAAAAUUCUUUCGAGGUGACCGCUGCAGCGGAGUCGAGAGACAACGAAGUAGGUGCGUUAGAAUUUCAGGCCUCGCAAGUGAUUUCGAGGCUUGAAGAGGCCGUCGAAAGGGCUGCCGAUGGGGGCGGGACGACAUGGAAUAAUCCUUCGGGAUUUCUGUCUCAGGCAAAAAGCCCUGAGGAAAUAUUGGCCUUGAUUCAGGAUUUGGUGAUUCACGAAGAUGCGCCAGUACAGACAACCGAUGAAGACAGUAACGAGCCUCCGGCAAGCCAAUUAACGACUUUACCGACGUUAACAGAUGCUGCAAAAUUGUCACUUGUAGCUAACAGCGUAUCCGCUUAUGCCGCUGCAUUGCCAAGAGCACAUGCACAGAGACUGGCUGGCCGGCUGGCUGCCGAUACUACAAGAUGGCUCAGUCACAUUUUCAGGUUCGUCGACUGUGCAUCAUCGUUCCAUGAGGACCAUUUAGAAGGAUUGGUCAGAGUGGCCAGACUAGCAUUGCAUAGAAAAUAUCCAAGAUAUAUAGAAGACGGUUUUACAGCACUGGCGGCCUCUCCCCCGUUAAUUUACAGUUCAGUUGCAGCGCCACUUGGAGUUGUCCAACAUCUGUGUAGGCAGCUUUCAUUACCAUUGCAUUGUAUGCGUCCAAUUCCGCAUAACACAAUGUUUGGAUCAAGGCACAGCAUGGAUGUGUCUGCUCUUGAACGUCGUUUGGCUGAAGACAGUCAAUCAAACAGCGUCACUCCAUUACUAGUUUUAGCAGAAGCAGGCUCUAUGCUGACUGGGCACUGUGAUAAUAUUACUAGGUUAAGAGAAAUCUGUGACAAAUACAACGUCUGGCUGCAUUUGAGGGGGCAUUCGCUAGCAGCACUAACUUUAAAUAACUCUACUAAGGAUUUGCCUGCAAAAAUUGCUGACAGUGUGACUUUGCCUGUAGGAACUUGGCUAGGAAUUCCAUCACUCCCUGUUGUAACACUGUACAGGUUGACUGAUACCAAAGGUGGUCGGCCAACACCCAGAGAUACGACACUUUCGUUAGUGUCAGGUCUAAUGUCGGACUCUUUAUCACGACGUCUACCGACGUUACCAUUAUGGGCUGCCUUACAAGCACUGGGUCGAGACGGGAUUCAGAAUAGAUUUAAGCAGUGUUUUUUAGCAGUUGAAGAACUCUACAAUAAAAUCAAGAAAUUCAAUUGCAUCAGGUUAUUGAGUCAAACACCAGGUGGAGAAACCGGAUCAUACACAAUAAAUGAAUUGUUGACGAAUCCGAUUGGGAGUCCUCAAUUGUACGAAAUAGUGGCCAGUUCCCUAGUACUGCAAUUUAUACCCGCAGAUCGUGAUCCGCAAGCGACGGAACGCGUACCACCUUAUUAUGACAAAUUGAAUUCUUGGCUCGGUCAAACUUUGCCACGUGAUGUUGAAAAUGUGCAAAUAGAAUUAUGCGAAAUUGAACAGCACGGUGUUGCAAUCCGAAUUUGUCCCAUAGAAUGCCCAGACAAACCUCCGACUAGUGAAGAUAUUGACAAUGUUGUCGCAUGUCUGGAACAGCAAAUUGAGAUCCUGUUGGCAACUGUUGAACACAAAGAAACGUUUGUGAAGCUGGUCUCAGAAAAUGAUUCUCUUCAUUUGGUUGAUAUGGCUGGCUGGGCAGGCUUAGGUGGAGUCCGAUAUGCUCCUCCAACAUGGGCCAACGUCAUGACUGAUCAGGCCAAAGAUGAACUUAACAGAUUAAAUACACAGUUGGUGGAGGCGUUAAGAAGCACGGACGCAGCAUUCUCAUUGGGUGAAGGUGCCGAUGGCUUGGCUUGUGUUAGAUUUGGCAUGGUUACACAGGAUACAGAUGUCGCCGAAUUAUUGUCACUGGUAUUACAAGUUGGUCAGGAAGUUGAAGCUAGUUCGAAACUAUUAGAUACAAUGUCCGAGGUCGUUAAGAGAGGUAUAGAAGCAGCGCAAACCGAUUUGGAACGAGAAAAUGCCGAGAAACUUUGGCAGGAAGGGAUUCUCAGACAUGUUCCUGUCGUCGGAACUUUUGUCAAUUGGUGGAGCCCGCCUAACAAAGAGGCAGGUGUAAGAGGUCGAAGUUUAAAUUUACAAGCUGGCGUUGUUGAAAGUACAGAGAAUAUAUAUAAGUACCAUAUGCAGUUGCAACCAAAUUCGACUAAUAGUAACGGUUCAGGAGCCAGAACACCACCACAACCGUUAGUCCAAACUCCAGUUGGUGCUAAUAGUCAGAGCCACAGUCGUUCGUCCAGCCAUUCUAGUCUACAGAGUGGUAAAAGUGUUUUGUCAAUAUCUAGUACAGCAUGCGCUCAACCCCAGGUGAAAGAGGAAUCAACAGAGCAAGCAGCUAGUUCGUAGUGGAUUUUAUCAAUUUCAAUCCCAAGUGUAAUUAUGCAGCAGCUUCCGAGCGAGAUGUUCCUUUAAAAAUGCGUUUGAAAAUAAAAUCACCUUAGCAUUACACAGUGUCUCCACAUAGCGAAAUUAGUCGCAUACCUUCAUUUUUGUGCAAGAAUGGGUUGGAUUAGUUUGGAUCGCCCCUGGAGUAAUGGCGAUGGCAGACACAAUGGUGAUAAUGGUACAGAUGAUACUUCUUAAGAAGGUACUGAAUUUUCAUAACGUAAUAACUUGAGCGACGAUAAAUUAUUUUGCGAAAGAACAUGCCGUUUAGAAGCUGACAUUCAGAUUUAGAGUUGGACUAUAUAUAUUUUUUUUUCUACGCGUCACUGUUCGAAGAACUCUAAUGUCUAAAAUAGCAUACUUUGAAUGAGUAACAAUUUGAAAAUACCAAGGAAUUCGCGCGAAUAAAAUUUGCCUUGUAAUAAUUCUAAUGAAUAAGUCAAAUAAUGUAAUUGACAAAUUUCUGUACAUACAAUUUACUUGUGAUUGACAUUUGAUAUCGGAAUAAUGAUACAACAAAACUGCAAUAAACAGGUCAAGUUAAUUACAUUAAUUGAUCUUUCAUUCAUUAUUUUACCAAGAAAAGCAAACCCAUACAUUUGAAACACGAAUUGUAAAAUGGGCAUGAGUGUUCAAACCCCUAAAUCUUUCACUAUACAAGGAAAAUCUCGUUUUUCGUUGAUCGCAUGCCUUACUAAGUCAUAGGAAUCGCAUCACAAUUUGCAACUCAAUUAAACAAUGACCCAGUCAGCCGAAAAUUACCUAGUGCCCAGUAGGAUUAAAAUAAUUUGCAUAGUUGUAAAAUGGACUAAGAUGUUAAUCUCAGUAAGCAAGUAUUAGAUACAUGUAUUAUUUGAAAAUUAAAAUACAUAAUUUUUCAAUUUAUAAUAGUUAUACGAUGUUUUAUCACACUAAAUUUGCAAUAUUCAGUAACAAUCAUCCCGUAUGUAUGCCUAUAUAUAUGAUUCUAAAGCACAACAAAUGCUUAAUACGACAUGUGAUAACAUGACUCAAUUGUGAUUGUUUCAAGUAUUAAUAUUACUUUUAUCAUUAUUGCAUUUUCGUGAUUGUUUUUUCUUGGUAGAUUUGAAACAUCUUGUUUUAUCGAUUCUAAGCAAAGAAUUCAGUGAAACAAAUCGAAAAACAGAAAUAUAAAUCAAAUCUAUCACGGCGCAUUACAUAUCCUAGCCUCGCUUCAGUGAAACAAAGUAAUCAUUUAACAAGGAAAGAAAAAAAAAAGAAAUUCUGCAAUGUUAAUUACUUAUUUGGAUGUAAUUUCUCUGAGUAUAAUUUGGAUU